AUGGACGAUAAAAAGUGUACGCACGUAAAUACUGACGCAUUGCAGGCGGCAGUGGAUGCCCGUCAACAGCAACGAGCAGACGAUAAGACGAGUAAAGUGCACGAAGACGAAGGAGAUGAACCAACACCCAUGAUUAUAACGCUCUCGAGCUGUGUAGAUUACAAUGAUAUCCAAGAGAAUGAACUCUACUACGUGGGUACAGCAGGAGUGAAGGUCACCGAAAUAGACCGAGUAGAAAUGCUGCAAUCAUUACAGAAACUUCACGUACGCUCCAAUUUACUUGAUUCAAUGGCAAAUGUGGCGUCUCUAGUAAACUUGGAGCACUUGGAGCUUUAUGAUAAUCAGAUUCAGGCCAUUGACGGCGUGCAGGAGCUGAUAAACCUUAAAGUGCUGGAUUUAUCCUUUAAUGAGAUUCGUGCAAUUCCAGACUUGAGUCAUCUUGAUCAACUAGAGGAACUCUAUGUGGCCAAUAACAAAUUAAAGAAAAUCUCGGGCAUUGAAAACCUCUCGAAGUUGAGAAAAUUAGAUCUUGGAGCCAAUCGACUUCGAACUAUUGAAGGUCUGAAUGGACUUUUGGAAUUAAAGGAGUUAUGGCUGGGAAAAAACAAAAUCACGACGAUUCAGGGACUGGAGAAGCUUACGAAAUUGAAGAUUAUCAGUGUACAGAGCAAUCGCGUGGUCACGAUUACGGGAUUUGCAAACAAUGUGGACUUGGAGGAGCUUUAUCUGAGUCACAACGGUAUUGAGAAGAUUGAGAAUAUCGAGCACUUGACGAACUUGACAACCAUGGAUUUUGCUGGAAACCGUAUUACGAACAUCCCGACAAACUUGGCUCCACUCUUGCAGCUGGAAGAUUUGUGGCUGAAUGACAAUCUGGUCGCACAUUAUGAGGAUGUGGAGAACCUAGUGCCUCUAACAAAGCUACGCACGCUGUACCUAGAGCGAAACCCACUCGCUCAAGACUUUGAGUACCGAAAAAAGCUGGAGGAAUUGUUGCCGCAGCUUAACCAAAUUGACGCAACACCGACGACAAAGGCGAGACAAGGGCGUAUAUAG